AUGCCUGCAAAGCUUGAGGAAGCAGCGUCUAUCAUAGCUCGCAUAGCCGCCUGCAACGAGGGGCGAACCAGACGAAGACCAAAGGGAGGAUCCAUAGCAAGCCAACCAUCCAUGUUGCGGUAUGGAGGUGAACCUCUUUCAUCGGUCCACGAACAGGUACGAAGCCAAGGAAUAUUCAAAGCAUGGCAGGGUGGCAUUACAUCACUAAAUCACGCAACGUAUGCAAAGAUGGAGAACACCAACCACUGGCUGUUGUUCACAUCGAGGGCUAGCUACUCUAGGUAUCGAAUUGAAACGUUGCACUCUGGCUUGAGGAGGGAGGAGGGAGGGACGAAACUUUCAACUUGCACCAGAAUCAAUCCAAGGAUUUCCUCUUACAAUCUAAUGCGUCCAAGCCCGAGAGAGCGACUACUAGCUAGCUAG